GCCGGCCAGGUUACAAUAACAACAAGCACUGAAAUGCUAAUGAGGACAGCGCCAGCAGAUGGAAUCCCAGAAAUCAAGAUCGAUGAACCAAUGAACAAUGAGACGGUCUCCGUCGGCGACAAAGUAACAUUACUAUGUCGUAUCCGGGGCUUCCCACAACCAGAGUACUGGUGGUACCAUAAAGAUGCUUACAUGAAAGACGACGUUGGUCGUGUGACGAUACGGAAGUACCCGUGGGGGUCGAAACUCAUGAUCAAAAAUGUGGACACGUUGGACGCGGGAUUUUAUAAGUGCAUUGCACAGAACGACGCGGGAUCCAAAACGACAACUGGUCUCAUAACGAUAUUACCAGGUCCUUUCAGCGAAGGAAGUGACAGUGACUACAGUCCUAAUGUAGAUAAUGCACGAUGCGAACCAUACAGGGGCGCGGUGUGUCGACGCCACAUCAGCAGCAGUAGCGUGUACAUGAGGGCAGACACCACUCAAGAGGAAAUAGAACAAGAGGUCCAAGCUGCCUUAACCCGCCUUGCAUCCAUCGUAAGCUUGUCCGAACCCUGUAGCAUGUUCAUCACACCGUCCAUCUGCCUGACGGCGUUCCCGCUGUGCAGGGAGAGCCCCGACCUCUCCAUCCAUCAGCUGUGCCGGGACGAGUGCCAGUUGCUUGAGACGGACGUCUGCGCAUCGUUGUACGAUCACGUAGACUCGCAGGUGGAGUUGGACUUGGUGGGGGUGUUACCAGUCUGCUCGGAUCUGCCUCGUCUUGGAAGCCAAGCCAGUGAGAUGUGUUUCAGACUUGGCAUGUCCAACUCAGGAGAUGCAACAGUAUCACCCUGGCAAAGACCAACUGGUGACUACAUCAGUCUUGAGAGACCAAUGAACAAUGAAACAAAGCUGGUAACCGGCGACAGGGCUAUUCUUCGCUGUCGGAUCACCGGUAACCCUGAGCCUCGAUACACCUGGUUCAAGAAUGACGUUCAAAUAUCAGAGAGGGGAAAUCGACGCAUCACAAUCAGGACAUAUGACUGGGGAUCCAAGUUAUCAAUUCGGAAUGUGGAUACAACAGACACAGGGUAUUAUCUAUGUGAAGCUGAUAACAAAGCUGGGAUUCGGUCAACUACAGGGAUAUUACUAGCAAAGCUUGACACUGCUCCGCCAUCACCACCACAGCCCGGUGAAUCUAUGCCAACAAAAGGAUACUGUCAGCCAUACCGGGGCAUGACCUGCGCUAAUUUCAUCGGUAACAACAGCAUCUAUGUAACAGACUACCAGGCACAGGGAGAGGUUGAAGAGAAACUCACUAGUGCCUUCCUGGUCAUCAUGCACGACCUGAGUGACCAGUGCCAGGAGUUUGCCAUCCCGUCCCUCUGCUAUUUUGCGUUUCCGUUCUGCGACUCAGACGCAGCUGACCCGCUUGGGCGUGAGCUCUGUCGAGACGAGUGCGAGAUACUGGAGUUGGAUAUGUGCCAGCAGGAGUACGCCAUCGCCAAGGAGUAUCCGGGGGUGACGCUGCCUGAUUGCCAGAGACUGCCGCAGAUUGGGACCAAGGAAAGCGAGAACUGUAUUCGGAUUGGUAUUCCAUCAGUUAAGGCUGUUACAGAUGUGAAAUGUUACAAUGGAACAGGGAUCCACUACAGAGGCAAAGUGAACCACACCAAGUCUGGCUAUGAAUGUCAACCAUGGGAUAGUCAACAGCCUCACGGACAUUACCUCAUGCCGGCGACCUACCCAGAGCUUGCUGGGGGCCAUAAUUACUGCCGUAACCCUGACAACGCCCUGGAUAAACCCUGGUGUUUCACAAUGAAUCCCAACAUACGAGCAGAGAAGUGCGACAUCAGCAAAUGUGACGACCCAUUCGCAGAACCAGCCAAUAAGCUAGAGGUCUUGUACAUCGUCGUCCCAGCCAUCGCAGUGCUGUUGGUCAUAGCGGUCAUCAUGGGCUGCGUCUGCAUGUGCUGGCGCCAGCAGAGGGCCCAACGCUUUGAGAGUCACAAAGGCCUGAACAACAGACCGGCAGAAAUGGUUGCCCUGCAACAGAAACCUCAGGUUCGAGACUUCCCAUUGGCCGCCAUCAAGUUCCAAGAAGUCCUUGGGGAGGGUACAUUUGGCAAAGUUUACAAGGGGGAGCUCAUGGGGUUAGAGCACCAGUACAGCGUCAAUCAGGUCACUAUCAAAACUCUGAAGGAAAACUCAGCCACCAAGAUGGAGCAAGACUUCAAUCGGGAGGCUGAAGUGAUGGCGUCCCUCCGUCACCCUAAUAUCAUUUCACUGCUUGGUGUGUGCACGAAGGAGCAGCCCAUGUGUAUGUUGUUUGAGUUCAUGCCUCACGGGGACUUGCAUGAGUUCCUCGUCAGACACUCCCCAAACUCAGAUGUCGGGUUCGGUAGCGGAGAUGACGAGACGCAAUCCUCUUUAGACCAGUCGGACUUUCUGUCCAUAGCCAUACAGAUUGCAUCAGGCAUGGAGUACCUAUCAAGUCGGCUAUUCGUGCAUCGUGAUCUUGCUGCACGCAAUUGCAUGGUUGGCGAUAACCUCCAGAUAAAGAUUGCCGACUUUGGUCUGUCAAGAGACAUAUACUCAGCGGACUAUUAUCACAUGCAAGCACAGGUUUUACUUCCCAUUCGCUGGAUGGCCCCGGAGGCUGUUAUGUUUGGUCGAUUUUCAGUAGAGAGUGACAUUUGGUCAUAUGGGGUGGUAGUUUGGGAGAUAUACUCCUAUGGUCUGCAGCCAUUUUAUGGCUACAACAACCAAGAGGUUAUUGAUAUGAUUCGCACUAGGCAUAUAUUACCCUGCCCAAGCGGGUGCCCCCCGCACAUGUACGUACUCAUGACAGAAUGCUGGAAUGAAGCCCCAAAUCUCAGGCCGCACUUUAAGGCCAUCAAUGCCCGCUUACGCUCAUGGGAAGCAUUGCCCGCCACUAACCACCAAAAUGGUAACCUGUACACUAAUCCUACUGUAAAUUUCAGCCCCAUGUACGGCCCGACUUCGCCAACGCAAACCCACAGCAGUUCCGGUGUCAAAAGCCAGUUGUCUUCACAUCACAGUCGCUCCACCCACAGCAACAGCAAGGGUUCCCACGGUGACCGGAUCGUGGGCGGUUCAUCAGACAAAGCAAUGUCGGAGAGCUCAGCGACAACAGGGGGCACACAGUCAACAAAAAGCAAGAAGGAUAGAGUUGAACAAACAGCUGUUUGAAAGUGUAAUCCAUGUUGUGUCAGUAUCUGAGAUUCUGUUCAGGCAAACAGACCUUUUGCAUAUGGCAUCACAAGCUCAGAAAGCAUUCUCAUCGUGAUGAAAUGAUAACGCAUCAGUAGUUGAAAGUUGUGCUUGGCACAUAGAGAUGCCCACAUUUGCUUUGUGUGGCCUCAGCUAUGGUGACAUAUGCAAUGGGUCUUUGCAGUUGGUUGCAUACAAUGAAUAUUAAUGCUGUUGGUGAAAUAUUGUCUUCACACAGCACAACUUUAAUUGUCUAUUACAAUGCGCUAUGAACAGAAGAUCAUUAUUCCCUCUUUUGUAGCUCCGUUUUCCUGGGCCAGCCGUGAAGAAAAAAAAAAAUCUUUAUUUUUUUGCCUCAAACCGAAACACCCUUGGGACUGAUCCGCUUGCCUUGAGUUUUGUGGAGUAUUUUUAAGCCUUGCAUAUCUGACACAAGAUGUAAAUUCUUUACUAUUUAUUAUUUAUGUUAAGAUGGCAGGUAAAUCGCUUUACAACUUUGGUAAAAAAUAUUGAAAAUAAUAUAAAUGUUGGCAGAUUUGCACAUAAUUGACAUGGUAUUAUGAUGGUCAGGGCAGAAAAUCCCCCUGAAAUAUUUACUUUUGAUCUCUCGAGUCUAUAACCUGGCGUUUGAAAAAGGUGAAACAUGUAUGUUUUGUUUUUACUUUUUUUGUGACUCCAAUGACUGAUUGAGCUUCAACUUUCUCAGGUCUAGUUUUCGAAGAUUUUGUUGGGUCACAUUUAGUGUGGAUACUGGUCUUUGACAAUUGCCAAUGUUGUCUGCAUGCUUAAAGAAAAGCAUUCACACAAAAUGCAAGUACUGUUUUCUUACUAAACGUUAAAGGCACUGGACACUAUUGGUAAUUACUCAAAAUAAUUAUUAGCACAAAACCUUACUUAGUA